AUGGAAACACCAACUGGUUUAAAAAUGGUUAUGAACACCGAUCCAUCAGCAGUUGGAAUACCGGAACUUAUACGGGCAAUCUAUCAGAUCUAUGUGGACACCGUGAUGAAAAAUCCGUUGAUUGAUACUUCCACACAAAUCUCCAGUGAUCUCUUCGCUAGUCGGGUUGAUCAAAUCGUUUGUGGUCACUCAUCCUACAUUUGA